AUGGAUUCAACCAUACAGGCCAGAUUGAAAGCACUUGAAGAUUCAAUCAGUAGGCUGGAAUUUCAGCAAGAUUCAUGCAGACCAUUGCUGAAACUUACGAGAGAUAGUCAAUGCUUAGGGAGAAUUGAAGAAACUAUGGCUGCCUUUAGUAAACAACGGACUGAUAUAGAUCAUGAAAUUAAAGCCAACCAAAAUGCGAUUGAAGAACUUACUGAUACACUUGAAGCCCCGCCAAAGCCGGAACACUGCAUUUGCCCGUGCCUUGGCGAAUCAAAGUGGAUCGAUCCAGAGGUCCAUUAGCCUGACACGUCGACAAAUAUGGUGGCAGCUCUGGACAAGAAGAAGAAGAAAAAGCAUUAUAUUAUCCCUAUCCUACGUUAAAAAAGAUCAAGCACAACUCCCCAACAUCAGAACUCCAGCAACUCCCCCAUAUAAUCAGAAAAUCCUCUACUCCUGCAAUUUCCCAACAUCAGAAGAUCCUCAAUUCCCACAACAUCAGAACGUCAGAAUCGCGCAACUCCCCCAAAAAAGAAGAAAUCCCACAACUCCCCCUUCACCUGAGCCCCCACAACUCCUUGAGCCCAGAAUUCCCAGAGCUCAGCACUCCCAAAGCUUCCAAAAGCCCCCAGAACUCCCACGACUCCCACAAGCUCUGGACAAGGCUACCCCGUAGUGGACUUAAACGUUAUAAAUAGCUUAAGAUUAAGAUACACUUGAGGCCUCUAAAAGUCAGUCUGCAGCACAAAUCGCAAAUGAAGCUAAAAGAAGAGAAGACGUGAUGAAAGAAAUGAACACCAAGCUUGCACAAGUAGACAAUGGCUUCAAAAGUUUAGAAAAGCAAAAUGCGGAUGCAAUAAAAGAAAUCGAAACAAAGCUAAAAAGCGAAAUUGCUGGGCUAGUCGACAAUAUAAAACUGAGGCUUAAAGACGAGCGACAGACCAUCAAGAAUGCUCUGCAAGAGUCUAAAACUGAAGUAGAAAAAGAUCUCAAAGAAAUCAGAGACAAAACCGCUCAAUCUGAAGCAGUAAUUGAAGACUUCGAAAAGAGAUACUCAGGAAUUGUUAACCCUGCUAACUCAAGAGACCGAGUUAAAGGCCAAGCUGACUUAAGAAUGACUCUAGUUAGCGAAAUAACAGCAAAAAUAAAUGAGUCGGUUGAAGAAUGCAAAAAACAGUUUGAAAAUAAAUUCCAAACCCUCCAAACCAAGUAUAACCAAGAACUCCAAAGAAUCCGGUCUCAGAUGGAAGAAAUGAGAAAUUGGGCAAGCUUCCAAAAAUAA